AUGUUGUGGAACAGUUUGCCGCAGCCGAAAUCGCGAAAGAUCGCCGUCCUGGGCUACAGAUCCGUCGGGAAAUCCUCCUUGACAAUACAGUUUGUGGAAGGCCAGUUUGUCGACUCCUACGACCCCACGAUUGAAAACACAUUUACGAAAAUGAUCACAGUGAACGGUCAGGAGUAUCACCUGCAGCUGGUCGACACAGCGGGACAGGACGAAUACUCUAUUUUCCCGCAGACGUACUCCAUAGAUAUCAACGGCUACAUUCUGGUGUAUUCAGUCACCUCAAAUAAAAGUUUUGAAGUAGUAAAAGUUAUCCAUGAAAAGCUGUUGGAUAUGGUGGGAAAAGUACAGUAA